AUGUUGUCCCGGUUAAAAAGCAAAGUUGGCUCGGUUCUGUUGCCGGGAGAUGAGUUCGCAUUGGAUCCCGUCGCCACCGGCGACACCAUCUCCUUAACGGCUCCUUCGAAGCCGAACAAAGUGGUUUGCGGACCCGGACUCCGGCGUAGCGGCGACUGCCUGGUGGUCUAUAAAAGCGGACUUUUGCGACACAAAGAACCUAACAUGUUCUGGAUUGAAGCUCAGCAGAAAAGGUACGUGGCCGCCAAAGGAGAAACGGUCAUCGGCAUCGUGACGUCCAAGUCCGGCGACGUCUUCAAAGUGGACGUGGGCGCCAGCGAGCAAGCCUCUUUGUCUUACCUGGCCUUCGAAGGCGCCACCAAGAGGAACCGACCGAACGUGCAGGUGGGCGACUUGCUAUUCGCCCAAUUGCUCGUAGCCAACAAGGACAUGGAGGCGGAGCUAGUGUGCGUGGACAGCGCGGGACGAGCCAACGGGAUGGGAGUGUUCGGAGCCGGCGGUCUUCUCUUCAAAGUCUCGCUGGGCUUGGUCAGGCGGUUGUUGGCCCCUCAGAGUGAUUUACGACAAGAGUUGGAGCAGCUUUUCCCUUGCGAGAUGGUGGUGGGGAUGAACGGUCGCCUGUGGGUCAAGUCUUCUAGCGUUCAGCGGACGCUGAUCCUAGCCAACUUGCUGGAGAGCUGCGAGAACAUGACGGCAGCGCAGAGGCGCCACCUCUUGACCAAGAUAGCCCAGGGGGGCUUCUAG